AUGACGCUCCUCUCUCUUAAGGAGGACAGGCCGACGCCAAAGGCCGUGUACAACUGGCGUGUCUACACAUGUGCGGCUGUUGCUUCCUUCGCAGCAUGCACGAUCGGUUACGAUUCGGCCUUCAUCGGCGGCACACUCGCCCUCCCGUCCUUUGAAGAAGAGUUUGACUUCGCCUCGUAUAGCGAAUCCGGCCGCGCCUUGCUGAAGGCCAACAUUGUUUCAGUCUACCAGGCCGGUGCUUUCUUCGGCAGCUUAUUUGCCUACGUCACAAGCCAUUUUGGGGGCAGACGGAUUUCUCUCUUCAUCUUCAGCGUGGUUUUCUGUAUUGGCGCGGGUAUCAUGCUUGCUGCCAACGGAGACAGAGGCAUGGCGCCCAUCAUCGCUGGCAGAGUCCUUGCUGGUAUCGGUGUAGGUGGCUGCUCCAAUAUGGUCCCAAUCUACAUCUCUGAAUUGUCUCCGCCUGCCGUCAGAGGGCGUCUUGUGGGCAUCUAUGAGCUUGGGUGGCAGAUGGGAGGUCUCGUUGGCUUCUGGAUCAACUAUGGCGUCAACACCACACUGGCCCCUUCUCACAAGCAGUGGAUCAUCCCAUUUGCUGUGCAGCUCAUCCCGGCUGGCCUGCUUCUGAUCGGUGCUUUCUGGCUCAGGGAGUCUCCCAGAUGGCUCUUCGCGAACGGCAAAAAGGAGGAGGGCUUGAAGGUUUUGUGCUGGAUGCGGAAUCUGGAGCCGACAGAUACCUAUAUCCUGGAGGAAGUCAGCUAUAUUGAAGCGGACCUCGAGCGUUUCGAGCGCGAGGUCGGCAAGGGCUUCUGGAAGCCUUUCCUCUCACUGAAGCAGCGCAAGGUCCAAUGGCGCUUCUUUAUCGGCGGCAUUCUCUUCCUCUUCCAAAACGGCAGCGGUAUCAACGCCAUCAACUACUACAGUCCCACCGUGUUCCGCAGCAUUGGAAUCGAUGGUGUUAACACUGGCCUCUUGACGACAGGCAUUUUUGGUGUUGUCAAGACUGUCCUGACGAUUAUCUGGCUCCUCUGGCUCGUCGACCUCGCCGGCAGACGCCGCAUGCUUUUCAUCGGUGCUACAGGCGGUUCACUCUGCAUGUGGUACAUCGGCGCCUACAUCAAGCUUGCUAAGCCCGAGCAGAGCGCCAGCGGUGAGCUGACAUCCGCCGGAAUCUCGGCAGUCUUCUUCUUCUAUCUCUGGACCGCUUUUUACACACCCUCUUGGAACGGCACACCUUGGGUCAUCAACAGCGAGAUGUUCGACCAAAACACUCGCUCUCUCGGCCAAGCUUCAGCCGCCGCCAACAAUUGGUUCUGGAACUUCUUGAUCAGCCGCUUCACCCCUCAGAUGUUCCUCAAGAUGGAGUACGGCGUCUACUUCUUCUUCGCCUCGCUCAUGAUCCUCUCGAUCAUCUUCAUCUUCUUCUUUGUCCCCGAAACAAAGUCUAUUCCCCUUGAGGCGAUGGAUAGGCUCUUUGAGAUCAAGCCGGUGCACAGAGCCAACAAGCUCCUGAUGGCCGAGCUCCAGCAGACCAGUGAUAUGGGCCACGGUGCAGAGGAGAGUGUGGGCAAGGACUCGUCGUCGACGGAUGAGAAGAUGAGACAGGCUGGGUUUGUUCAGGCUGAGAAUGUUUAA